UUCUCGGAUGCUGGUUUUGGUCCGCAGAAGUUACGUUUAAAAUAGAAGUGCUUUUCUGAUUUUAAGUUUCGUUUCCUAUCGGCACUGCCGGUUCUUCCUCUGGCUUCUUUUUCCAAAACCUAGUCUUCAGGGGAACAGACAACGCCAGCCAUGGACUCUCGGCGCGGAAAGGCAACACCGGCAGCUCCGAAGGCCGGAGUCGCGGUCCCCAAGGCUUCCACGCGGAGUUCUAGGGGGUCCCCGACGGAAGCCAGGGAGCUUCCAGCUGCCCCCAAGGCCGCCCAGCCCCGCGCCGGGAGGUGCGGCGCCGGCAGGGACUCAGGAGCCCGGCGGAAGCAAGGAGCCCCGAUGGAAGCCAGCGAGCCUCCAGCUGCCCCCAAGUUCGCCCAGCCCUGCGCGGGGAGGUGCGGCGCCGGCGGGGACUCAGGAGCCCGGCGUAAGCAAGGAGCCCCGAUGGAAGCCAGCGAGCCUCCAGCUGCCCCCAAGGCCGCCCAGCCCCACGCCGGGAGGUGCGGCGCCGGCGGGGACUCAGGAGCCCGGCGGAAGCAAGGAGCCCCGAUGGAAGCCAGCGAGCCUCCAGCUGCCCCCAAGUUCGCCCAGCCCUGCGCGGGGAGGUGCGGCGCCGGCGGGGACUCAGGAGCCCGGCGGAAGCAAGGAGCCCCGAUGGAAGCCAGCGAGCCUCCAGCUGCCUCCAAGUUCGCCCAGCUCUGCGCGGGGAGUUGCGGCGCCGGCGGGGAGUCAGGAGCCCGGCGGAAGCAAGGAGCCCCGAUGGAAGCCAGCGAGCCUCCAGCUGCCUCCAAGUUCGCCCAGCCCUGCGCGGGAAGUUGCGGCGCUGGCGGGGAGUCAGGAGCCCGGCGGAAGCAGAGCGCCCCGGAGUCCCGGGAGAUGCCGCCGGUCCGCGAGCUGGGGGCCCGCCCCAAAAAGAAGGCUCCGCGCGCCGAGGAGCCGGAGGGGCUGGGGGCGGCGGCGGCGGAGGUGGAUUCGUUCACGCCCCCAGGGCCGCCACUCCGCAGGGCUGCAUCCCUUCGCGAGGGGAGUGCGCGCUGCUCUCGGGAGCGGAUACCCCAGCCCUGGCCCGCGAAGGAUCCCAGCUGCGGCCUGGCACUGCCCGCGGCGUGUGCCUGCAGCCCGAAAGCGACGCCCGGGGCCUGUAAGCUGCGGGGGGUGCUGGACACGUUGAGGUUGAGGGCCGCAGACAUCUCCGCAGCGGCUGAUGUGGUGAACCGGGUGGUGAGACACCUGCUGGAUAGCCUGCGGAGGGGCGAGUCCGAGUUCAAAGGCGUCGCGCUGCUGGGCACCGGGAGCUACUACGAGCACGUGAAGAUUUCUGCACCCAAUGAAUUUGAUGUCAUGUUUAAAUUGGAAGUCCCCAGAAUUCAACUAGAAGAAUAUGAAAACAGUGGUACACAUUACUUCGUGAAGUUCAAAAGAAAUCCAAAAGAAAAUCCUCUGAAUCAGUUUUUAGAAGGGGAAAUAUUAUCAGCUUCUAAGAUGCUGUUAAAAUUUAGGACAAUUAUUAAGGAAGAAAUUCAAAAUAUUGCAGAUGUAGAAAUCACUAUGGAGAGGAAGAAAAGAGGGAGCCCUGCUGUAACGCUUCUCAUUAGAAAACCUAAAGAAAUAUCUGUGGAUAUAAUCCUGGCUUUGGAAUCAAAAAGUAGCUGGCCUGCUAGAACCCAGGAAGGCAUGCCCAUCGAUAAAUGGCUUGGAGCAAAAGUCAGGACCAAACUAAGACAACAACCAUUUUACCUUGUACCCAAGCAUGCGAAGGAAGGACGUGGUUUUCAAGAAGAAACCUGGCGGUUAUCCUUCUCUCAUAUUGAAAAAGAGAUUUUGAAUAAUCAUGGACACACCAAAACGUGCUGUGAAGAUGGCGGAGUGAAAUGCUGCAGGAAAGAUUGCUUAAAACUAAUGAAAUACCUUUUAGAGCAGCUGAAAAAAAAGUUUGAGACCCGAAAAGGACUGGAUAAAUUCUGUUCCUACCACGUGAAAACCGCCUUCUUCCACGUUUGUACCAAGGACCCUGAUGACAGUCGGUGGUGCCUCCAAAAUCUGGAGUUGUGCUUUAAUACUUGUGUGAUGUACUUCCUUCAUUGCCUCAGGGAAAAACAACUCCAGCAUUAUUUUAUUCCUGAAGUCAACCUAUUCUCUCAAGAGCAAAUUGACAAAACAAGUAUAGAAUUUCUGUCAAAGCAAAUUGAAUAUGAAGUAAACAAUGGAUUUCCAGUUUUUGAGACUUAAGAAUAACAAUCGGAAUGUUUGAAAUGUAUUAUAGCAGUGGUGGACUAUGAUGAAUGUAUUAGGUUAUUACCUAUGAAAUAUCCCAUUCCCAUUUCCUUAGGUUCUAAGUUUGACAGUUGAUACCCGACACUUCACUUGGACACUUCUUAUUUUCUUUGUAUUGUGAAAGUACAUCCUGAGUCUUUCAAAUGCAUGUUUUGGCUUGUGAUUAUCUUUUAAUUUUUUUUUUUUUUGUAGAGACAGAGUCUCACUUUAGGGCCCUCGGUAGAGUGCCGUGGCCUCACACAGCUCACAGCAACCUCCAACUCCUGGGCUUAAGCGAUUCUCCUGCCUCAGCCUCCCGAGUAGCUGGACUACAGGCGCCUGUCACAACGCCCGGCUAUUUUUUGGUUGCAGUUUGGCCGGGGCUGGGUUUGAACCUGCCACCCUCGGUAUAUGGGGCUGGCGCCCCACCGACUGAGCCACAGGCGCCGCCCUAUCUUUUAAUUUUUUUAGAUCAAUUUUUGGAAACCAUGGAUAAGUCAAAAAUUCAUCUUAUUUUUAAAUAUGAGUUCCAUCGUAGAACCAAUAUUAACAGUGUUUAUUAUCAAAAUAUUAAUAGCGUUUGGGAAGGAUGUGGCUGAUGAACGUACAGUACCGUUGAUGGUUUGAGAAGCUGCAUUACAGUGAUUUUAUUAUUGAAAAUGAGCCACGUGGGGGACCUGAGGCCGAAGUGGAUAAUGAUGAGCUGAAAGCUGGAGUAGAAGCAAAUCCAUCUGAACAUGCGUGCGAAUCAGCAGCAAGGUUUGACGUUACUAUUCCAACAUUGGACCAUUGGAAACAAAUCAGCAAAGGAAAGAAGCUGGAUCGGUUCCACAUGAAUUAAAUGAGCAUCAUAAGGUAAUGCAAGCUGGAAGCUUGGCCUCACUUUGCUGUCACAACAUAAAGGUGAACCAUUUCUGCUCUGUAUUGUUACGAGUGAUGAAAAGUGGAUUCUUACUGACAAUUGCAAGCAUUCAGCACAAUGGCUGGAUAAAGAUGAAGAGCCAAAACAUGGUCCAAAAUCAGGUAUUCAUCAGAAAAAGCUAAUGGAGGGCAGCGCCCAUGGCUCAAAGGACUAGGGCACCUACCUCAUAUGCCAGAGGUGGCGUGUUCAAACCCAGCCCCGGCCAUAAACUGCAAAAAGAAAAGAAAAAGCUAUUGGUGUCUUUGGUGGUCCAGUGCUGGUAUUACUCAUUACAGCUUCAUGAAACCCCGUCAGUCGAUGACAGUGGAAGUCUACUGCACCCAAGUGGACGACAUGAUGAGGAUGCUUGCAAGCAGGUGAGAUUAGUCAACAGACACAGGCCAGUCCUCUGGAGCCAACGCUUAACCGCAUGUCGCAUGAACAAUGUUGUUAAAACUGCAGAAGCUGGACUUGAGAACUCUGUCAUCCACCGUACUCACCAGACCCCACACCAGCUGACUACCACUUCUUCCAGGCUUUGGACCUCUUCUUGCUAGGAAAAUUGUUCAAUUCUCAACAAGCUGGGGAAAACCCCUCAUGAUUUCGUCGCCACUCUGUGUCCAGGCUUCGCCACCGGCAUACACUGGAGAACAUUAAGAUGGCAAAACUGUGUCGAUAGUUUAGGACGUACUUGGAUUAAUUGUACUGCUUCAUGUUUGAGGUAACCACACUUUAGAUUCAAAAUCAGACAUUUGAUAUUUAAUGAGCUAAAUAACAAUUAUCCAGUUAUCAGUUGUAAUAAACUCUAAGCAAUAUUCUAGGAAAGAGAUUAGUCAAGGAAUAAGAAGCAAAAGGACUAUUUAACAUCUAAAAACAUUACCAGGCCUGGCACCUAUAGCUCAGCAGCUAGGGUGCCAGCCACAUACACUGGAGCUGGCGGGUUCAAAUCCAGCCCGGGCCUGCCAAACAGUGACAACUACAACCAAAACAAAAUAGCCGGGUGUUAUGGCAGGCACCUAUAGUCCCAGCUACUUUGGAGGCUGAGGCAAGAGAAUUGCUUAAGCCCAAGACUUUGAGGUUGCUGUGAGCUGUGAUGCCACAGCACUCUACCAAGGGUGACAUAAUGAGACUUUGUCUCUAAAAAGGAAAAAUAAAAUAAAAAAUAAAUAAAUUUUUAAACAUUACUAGAUAGGAAUAAAGGAUGAAAUACAUAUCACCUUAAUUAAAUGUGUCAAGUUUACUUAUUGAACACUAGUUCUCACCUAGCAUAGGUGUAUGGGAAGCUGUCAGGAAAAAUAUUAGAAAUGAUCCUUGUCUAUAAAACUUCAAGGCCUUGGGCGGUGCCUGUGGCUCAGUGAGUAGGGCACCAGCCCCAUAUACUGAGGGUGGCGGGUUUAAACCCAGCUCCAGCCAAAAACUGCAACAAAACAAAACAAAACGAAAUAGCUGGGCGUUGUGGUGGGCGCCUGUGGUCCCAGCUGCUCAGGAAGCUGAGGCAAGAGCAUCGCCUAAGCCCAAGAGCUAGAGGUUGCUGUGAGCUGUGAUGCUACAGCACUCUACUGAGGGCGACAAAGUGAGACUGUCUCUAAGAAGAAAAAAAUUCGAGUCUUUGUUCAACCAUCAAAUGUAUUUGGAAGUUCUGUUCUACAUGUAGUAUAGGAAGGAAGGGGCUGAAAAACUAAUUGUCUACAUUAUCUUGGCACACUUCAGGAAUCACAUGAUCUUACAGAAAAUAGAGUGUUUUUCAAUAUAUGUGACUAAAUAUAAAACAUAACUUUUUUUUUUUCAGUAAUA